AUGUACGCAUCUUUCCUGUCCAUGUGGGAGCAGAGUGAGGAUGCUCAGAGAGAUGCUGCCAGCAGGCAGUGCCAGGGAUGCGAGGUGGAAACUGAGGUACCUGCCUGUGGUGGCAAAAUGCUCAUCUCCUUCCUGAAAUUGCAGAUAGGAGGAGGAUUCAGAGGGAGCGGCAGCUUCCAGUCACCCUUCUGCUCUCUACAGUCUACAGAGGGAGGCAGUCUUCCUAUCAGGGACCUUGGGGACAUAUCCACUCUGCCCAUUUGCAUUUCUGAAGUCACACUUGUACAGCAACUUAAGCUUCUGGUGUGCACAGAGCUCAGCACGCUGCUACAAGCAGGAUGGUCCGUCCAUCCCGGAGCGAAGACUGACAGGCAGAGGAACCAGGAAGAGCUGACAGAUGAGGAGAAGGAGAUCAUCAACAGGGUGAUUAUUCGGGCGGAGAAGAUGGAAGCGAUGGAACAGGAGCGCAUUGGGCGCCUGGUGGACCGUCUGGAAAACAUGAGGAAAAAUGUGGCCGGGGAUGGUGUGAACCGCUGCAUUCUAUGUGGAGAGCAGCUGGGCGUGCUGGGCUCUGCCUGUGUCGUGUGUGAAGACUGUAAGAAGAAUGUCUGCACCAAGUGUGGGGUGAAGACCUCCAACAACCGCCCACAUCCGGUAUGGCUGUGUAAGAUCUGCCUUGAGCAGCGGGAGGUCUGGAAGCGCUCAGGAGCAUGGUUCUUCAAGGGUUUUCCCAAACAGGUUCUUCCACAGCCCAUGCCUAUAAAGAAGACCAAGCCCCAGCAGGCUACUGGUGAGCCUGCUGCCCUGGAACAGCCUACACUUGAAUCCAGGCACAUAGCCCGAACUCCAGCUCAAGGUGACAUGGAGGAGAGGAGGGCCCCAGGUCAGAAGCCAGGCCCUGAUCUUCCCUCUGCUCCUGGGCGAGGAAGCCAUGGGCCUCCCAUGCGCAGGGCCUCUGAAGCACGAAUGAGUACAACUGCCCGGGAUUCUGAGGGCUGGGAGCAUGGUCAUGGUGGGAGUGCUGGAGAUGCCAACCGGAGCCCAGCAGGUUUGAGGCGGACUAACUCAGUGCAGGCCUCCCGCCCUGCCCCGGCUUCAAUGUCAAGUCCGGCACCUCCUCAACCUGUGCAGCCAGGUAUCUGCCAUGUAGCCACCAUGUGCCCUGGUGGCAGCAGGGCCGCUCCUGAGCAAAGCACAGAGGCCACUCCAAGCGACUCUGGUUAUCCAGGGGCUGUCGCCCCAGCCCGGGAGGAGAGGACAGGACCCGUAGGCGGCUUCCCAUCAGCUCCCCACACUACAGGCCCCUAUUCCCAGGCGGCCCCUGCCUGUCAGCCGCCACCUGCAGAGGAAGAGGAGGAAGCCAAUAGCUAUGACUCGGAUGAAGCAACCACACUGGGUGCCCUGGAAUUCAGCCUUCUCUAUGAUCAGGAAAACAGCAACCUGCAGUGCACCAUCAUCAGGGCAAAGGGACUGAAGCCCAUGGACUCCAAUGGCUUAGCGGAUCCCUAUGUGAAGCUGCACCUGCUGCCUGGAGCCAGCAAGUCCAACAAACUUCGUACAAAGACCCUACGCAACACACGGAACCCUGUGUGGAAUGAGAUGCUGCAGUACCACGGCAUCACAGAGGAGGACAUGCAGAGAAAGACACUCAGGAUCUCCGUGUGUGACGAGGACAAAUUUGGCCACAAUGAGUUCAUUGGCGAGACCAGAUUCUCGCUCAAGAAGCUGAAGGCUAACCAGAGGAAAAACUUCAACAUCUGCCUGGAGCGGGUGAUCCCGAUGAAGCGUGCAGGGACCACAGGGUCAGCCCGUGGCAUGGCACUCUAUGAGGAGGAGCAGGUGGAGCGAAUUGGCGACAUAGAGGAACGUGGCAAGAUCCUGGUGUCCCUCAUGUAUAGCACACAGCAGGGCGGCCUCAUUGUGGGCAUUAUCCGCUGUGUGCACCUGGCCGCCAUGGACGCCAACGGCUACUCAGACCCCUUCGUCAAGCUCUGGCUGAAACCAGACAUGGGGAAGAAAGCCAAGCACAAGACUCAGAUCAAAAAGAAAACCCUGAACCCCGAGUUUAAUGAGGAAUUUUUUUAUGACAUCAAACACAGCGACCUGGCCAAAAAGUCCCUGGAUAUCUCAGUAUGGGACUACGACAUCGGCAAAUCUAACGAUUACAUCGGAGGCUGCCAGCUGGGGAUCUCGGCCAAGGGUGAGCGCUUGAAACAUUGGUAUGAAUGUCUGAAGAACAAGGACAAGAAGAUUGAACGCUGGCACCAACUGCAGAAUGAGAACCAUGUGUCAAGUGAUUAG